AACGAGGAAAAAAACCGGCGCUGAUUUUGAACUUUGAAGAAGGAUGUGCAAACUUUGUCAGACAGGUGUGGCUGAGCUGUUGUUGGUGUGGGAAUAAACCAUCUAACAUCUACUUUUACCAUCGGAACUGGUUACAUUACAUGUCAGCCCUAUUACAUGAAAACUAUUGCCCAGUAGCUGCAGUAAGACACGAUGGAGUCGUCUGUUGUGAACCUGUACAACCAGUUCCAGAAUCUGAGAGCCCAGGUGGACGGUCUCAAUGAGGGUAUUGAACCACAGUUCCUUCAGAUGGCAGUGAACUUUGAGGAGUGCCGUAAGAAGUGGCUGCGGGCAGGUGAGGAGCUGGUUUCCUGUAAAGAGGUGCUGGCUAAAGCAGAGACUGAAAGGGGAGCCCUGGAGGUCAAACUGAAACAUGCCCGCAACCAGGUGGAUGUGGAGAUCCGCCGAAGGCAGAAGGCUGAGACUGUUUAUGAGAAGCUGGAACGUCAGCUACAGCUGAUACGGGAGUUGCUGAUAUCCGAGAACAAUGGUAACAGUCUCCACCUGAAUGAGGAGCAGCGCUCCGCCCUUGCCUUCCUCAAUGCCCACUCACAGGCAGCACAGGCCGCCAAGGGCAACCUUGACUCCAGUCGAAGGUUAACCACCAUUGAUGAAUCCGCUUCUUUGAUGUCAGACAUCAGCUAUGACCAAACAGAUGACUCUUUGGACUGGGAUUCCUCUGCGAUGAAGACCGUAAGACUGCGUAAACGCCAGAAACGACGCUCCUCCAGAAAACUCCCUGAGGUUCCUCCACAGGCAAUGAAGAAACCCCGCUCCGCUGGCCGCACAUCAGAAAGGAUGAAUGAGUCCAUAGUGGCCAAAACCACCAUCACCGUGCCAGUGAAUGGUGGUGCUGUUGAGGCUGUCUCCACCAUUGAAACUGUGCCUUACUGGACACGCAGCAGAAAGAAUGUUGCUCCAGCAUUGGGUGAUACAACCACUACUGACCAAUCCGAGACUGCCAGUGAGACUCCAAGCACACCCGUCUCCGAUUUUCCUGCCCGGCUCCAAACCCCCAGAGCUAAUAGAGGAGAGAAGAAGCAUCAGUUUGUUCCCAAAACCGUGAUCAAGUCUGAGUUUUGCAUACCAUGUGGAAGAAGAACAAAGUUUGGCAAGAUGUACCUCCGCUGCCAGGAUUGUAGGAUUGUGACCCACCCAGAGUGUCGUGACUGCUGUCCCCUGCCCUGUAAUCCCACAGCAGUUGGCACUCCCAUUAAGAACACGGAGAUCACCCUGGCUGACUUUGCUCCAGCCACCUCCCCAAAGAUCCCAGCCUUGGUUAUCUACUGCAUUAGGGAGAUUGAACAAAGAGGCCUACAUGAGGUUGGCCUGUACAGAGUCUCUGGCCAAGAGCGCAUGGUGAAAGAGCUGAAGGAGAAGCUGAUUAGAGGAAAGACUCUGCCUCCACUUAAUAAAGUGGAUGACAUUAACGUCAUUACAGGUGUCCUCAAAGACUUCCUCAGAAACCUGCCAGAGCCACUGCUCACCUUCAACCUCAACAAAGCCUUCAUAAAAGCAGCCGAAAUCCAGGAUGAUGGCAACAGUCUCGCAAUGCUGUAUCAGACCAUCAGCGAGCUGCCUCAACCAAACCGAGACACUCUGGCCUGCCUGAUGAUCCAUCUACAGAAGGUCUCUGAGUGUGUGGAUACCAAGAUGGAUGUGAACAACCUGGCCAUGGUGUUUGGCCCUACUCUUGUGGGUCAUGCUGUUCCCAACCCAGACCCUAUGACCAUCCUGCAUGACACUAACAGGCAACCAAGGGUUGUAGAGCGCCUUCUCAGCAUUCCGGGAAAGUACUGGGACCAGUUUGCUUAUCCAGAUAAUACAGGCAUGGACAAUGCUUGCCACACUGAUACUCCAGACCACCAAGUGAGCAUAUUGGGACCACUGACCACUCCAGAGCACCAGGCGAUGGCCAAAACACCCUCCUCCAGCUCGCUGUCCCAGCGCAUGAGGCAGACCCUCUCCAGCACCACCAUAUUUGGGAGCAAAAGCAAAGCAUCAGCUGGCUCUAACCGCCAGGGGACCUUCUUCGCCUCUCCACAACUGAAGUAAUGGCAAAGGACAAAUACAAAAUAGCCGUAUUGUACUAACUGCAAAAAAACUGAAUAUAUUUUCACAUAAUCAUAUGGGAAAACUACUGUGCAAUUUUAACAUGUUUUAUCACUGAGUUUUUUUUUUUAUUCAAGUAUUUUAUACUUUCUUACAAGAGUUUUCCUUUGAAAAGAUUCCUGCAUGAGUGUUUGAGUUUGUCUUUAUAUCUUUUGAUUACUAAUGAUUUAUUAUUGACCAAAACUGUGGCGCCAUAUAUGUGAUUGUAGGAGGUUUGAAGGCUUUGACGAAGCAACCGUUUUAAUCCAAUUCAAGGAUCAGUAUCUUCUGAUUUGUGUUAAACACGUUGGUUUGAUGUUAAAAAAAAUCUAUGCAUUCACUGGUGUAGGUCCAUCUUUGAACCUGUGGUUGUAACCACAGCAACGGGGGUGCUCAAGCACACGUGAAGUACACAGCUGUAUUGGACAAAGAGGGAAUCAAUUGUAUUAUUGGCCAGUGUCUUUUUUUCUUUUCUUUUGGCAUCGGUUGCCUUGUCAUUGUCCUGAAGACAUCAUUUUUGUUUUCAUGAUUUAACAUUUUGUUUUCUAUUUAUGUUGAUUGUGUGUUAGUAUGUAUACCAAUCAUGACAAAUUAUAUACCUUAACAAUACUGCAAUUUAAACACUGAUACUAAAUGGGAAUAAUGUUGCAUAUUGCACUAUGUAACAAUCUUAGUAAAUGUGUAUUCUACCGGGAAAACACGCCACUAGAGGCUGCUGUUGCACCACUUUAGAUAUGCAAGCCUUGGCCAAUGAAGAGGAUCUACUGUAUAUCAUGCACACAACCAGUCAGUAACACUGACACUGAAAACAAUUAACAGAUCAUUGGAAAAACUGUUAUUCCUGUGACCAAGGACACUUAAGUCAAUAUUUUCUGUCUCACAAGACAGACAUCUGAGAAUCGCAUCUGUGUGGUCAUUACAAAAUAAAACGUAGAGCUAGUUUAAAUUAUGAAUAUCGAUUUGCAUGCACACUCACUCACUAUAAAUAUUCGUAUUAACAGUGGCUUUCUUGUACAGUUACAUCACCAGUAAUGCACAAGAAGGAACGCUUCCUCUGAAGAAAUUUCCUCUCUGCUGCUCUCACUGUCACCCUUUAGAUGCUCCAGAUUUUAGAGUGAUGUUGACGUUAUUUACUAAGUAUUAAUUAUUGAGGAGAAAUGUUUGACAAAAAGUCAUUUGAACCAUGAUUUGCCUGCAAAUUAAGAAAUGUGCAUCGUUUUGAGGUUGUAAGACUCCAGUUGUACUACAUUAUGUUUCUUCUACAUGUAUUGCAUUAUAUGGUUUUAUUUCUUUAAUGAAAUAUUAUCUAACUGAUGUUACUUUCACCAAAGAUUUUGUGGACUGAAUGUAAAACUUUGUUUCUUUGUAUUGGCUCAAAAAGGAUUUCACAAAAGUCCAUCAUUGAGUUUAAAAUAAAACCUCAAGAGUG